AUUUCUGUUACCCGUAUUUAUUAUACUACUCUUUGAUUUCUGUCGUUGCGGUUUUAAGCUUCGGCUUACUUGUAUUUGCAACGAUUUGAUCAGUCUUUUAGAUUUUGAAUACCAUUUAUCAAUUUCAAUUUGUAUGUACUUUCAACGAGAUACUCGCAAUUAUGUCCUAAAUGUUUACUUUUACAAAUACGUUACAUUAUUUUUAAAUUUUAUUUCUGUCUUCUUGCACUAACUUAAAUCUCAACCUUCUACGAUGGACGUACAAUUUGGACCCAAUGCCAUAGAUGAAUCUAAUCUGCUUUACAAGCUACAAAGGAAAAUAAAGGUGUUUAAUACAUCUAAUUUAUUGCCGAAUCGUGGGUACAAUCUAUUGACGACAUCAAGGAAAUAUGGUACAGUAUUUGUUGCUUCACCCCAAGGAGUUUUAUCUGUGUAUAAUAUUGAUGAUUUAAUCAAGUGUGAGACUGAUCCUAAACAUCUAUCGGUAAAACUAUCAGUACAGCCCACUCAUAUAGCAGUAAACUGUGAUCAAGAAUGGCUAGCUGUUGUGGGGAGUCAAAUGCUCUUGGUUUAUAAAGUAUCUGACUUUCAAAAUCCAAAUGUCGGACCAUCUGCGACUAUAAAAUGUGACAUCAAUCCAUCCACUUUUGUUUCUUCCCUUCAAUGGAAUCCAAGUGUACCUGACACUAUAGGUAUUGUGUUCUUUGAUGGUACUUUGGUUGUUUGUCAAGUUAGUACUAUGCAGAAAAAGCAAAUACAAUCUACAGCAAGGUGUUUAUGUUGGAGCCCUAAAGGAAAACAGUUGGUAACUGGCAAUAAUGAUGGAACACUUUGCCAAUACAAACCAGAUUUAUCACCAAUGAAAUCCGUACCAGCUCCCAAUUUGUUUGAAGGAGCCCCUGUUGAAGCUCUGGCUAUUUAUUGGAUAUCCACUUACCAAUUUGCUGUUGUAUAUAGAAAUGCAUCUGACAAUAGCCGUCCAGCUCUUACUAUAGUCAGCACACCUAAGGGUGCGAAGCCAGCAUGCCUCAACUAUGAAGAUAUUUGCUACAGUAUGGGUUCCAACAGACCUUGGUAUUACUAUUUACAUGGAAUUGCCCAAUGGAAUAUUAUAAUAUCAUCGUCAUCAAAUAGCAUGGAAAUUGCAACCCUUGGAUCUAAAGAUUGUGUGUCAUGGAUGCAAUGGUGCCAGAAUGAUGAAGCCAGACCAGAGUUGCCAUUAACAGCUAAGAAAGAAGAAAACUACCCAGUUGGAUUAUGCAUUGAUACUAGUGAUGUACAGAGGCUACCAUGGGGUGAAAACGAAGUUCUGCCACCAAUGCCAUUUUUGCUCAUUGUGUCUCAAACUGGUCUUCUAACAAUCUUCAAUAUUAUCAACUUGGAUAAAGGAGCUGCAGUAUUAUGCACACCACCUCAGACUCUCAAAUUAGUACCAACUGCUGCUAUGACAAGUGAAAUACCAGACGAUGCACCACAACAACAACCAGAACCACAAGCUCAGCCUUCAAGCCAACCAGCGCCAGUUAUUCAACAACCACAAGCAGUUAUGCAACCGUCUCCACCGGCACAACAACCGUUGACAACAAUUCAACAACUCACGAAAUCUGCACAACAGACAUUGCCGACGGUCGAACAACCGAGUACGGAUAACGCGCCAUUUUCUUUGUCGCAAGUGCAGAGUGCUAUCGGAGCUACGGCAACAUUUAACGUACAAACACAAGCCAAACCAGCAGCUGUUACUGUAUCAACUACACCGGUAGCACCAAAAUCAACUCCAGUACAAAUCACUCCCAGUCAGACCGCUACAGUGGAGGCAAAUGCUGCAUUGAAAUCGGAACAAGAGAAGGCUAACAAAGCAAAGGUGGAACAAGAGUUGAAGAACAUGUUGGUAAAGGAAGUUAAUGAUUUCCAAAUGGAACUAUACAAAUUUAUGACAAUGACUAAAGAGAGUCAGAAUAAGAUUCAACAAGAAAUCGAUUCUGUUAAACCAAACUCAGAACUCCAUACAUUAAAUGCGGAACAAUUGAAGAAAGAAUGUUCUGUGGAAGAGUUGAGAGAAUCAGUAAUUCAAUUAAAGUUGGAGCUAGUCAGAGCUUGUGCGGUCAUUGCUGAGGCUAAAACACAUGCUGAAGUGGAAGACUUUCAUGAAUGGACGCAGGCCGAUCCGUUAACUAUAAAACGUUUAUCCUCUAUCAAGAAACUUGCGUAUUAUGUACAGAAUCAGCUGGAUCAAGCACAAAAAGCGCUCGACUUUAAGUGGAAUGAAGUGUCUACUAAAAAUCAAUAUGGAAAGCCAGGCCAACGCAUGAUUCGACCAAUCUUAGACGACGUUUAUCAACCCCUUGUGAAGCAGCAAGAGAUUCUAAGCCGACAACAAGCUGUGUUAAAAACAUUAAGGAAUACCCUCAACGAAUGCAAUAUGACGCCAAUGAUCAAAUCCACGUCGUUGUUACGUAGCACACCAUUUAAGAAUAAAGAUCCAUUAACAAAAUUGACUAAAAACAUUCUAAACAUGAGCAUUGAACCUCAAAACAAUAAAGAGAAGGAACUGUCUGCCCAAAAGUUGGAUGCUCUCCGUGAUAUGAUUUCCAACCAUAGACCUAAGAAAAUUAAACCAGUCAGUGUCGAAAUUCGUCAGCAUUUAGAGGCUAUGUGGGACAAAUAUAAGAAAGGCGUGAAGGAGAGAGCAGAAAAGCGCGAAAUGGAGAAACGGAUAGAAAUACAAAAGCAAAUUGAUGCCCAGAAAGAGAUUGAAUACCAAAAACAGUUUGAGGCUCAUAAGCAAAUUGAAAUACAGAAACAAAUAAAAGCGGAUAUUCAGAGACAAAUUGAAGCUGAAAUGCAAGUUGAGAUUAGAAAACAAAUAGAGGCACAGAUGAAAAAUGAGGCACAGGCUAAAAUGAAAUUACAGCAGGCCAAAACGGAAUUACAGCCAGCUCAUCAAAUUAAUACAUUCAUUAAAAUGGAACCAAAACCUCAAAAUUUAAAAGAAUCACCCAUUUCCAUGCCAACUUUUUCACCAGCCAGUAUAGUAAAAACUUCCAAACCGGCUCUCGGAAAUGUUGCCAGAUCAUUGUUUACUGGAGAAACAAAGACCGAUGAUGCUCCUAAGCAGCAACCCCAAAUUUCAGUAGCGCCUAUCAAAGCCGAACCUAUCGCUACUAAUAUAACUGCACCGACAAACCAGCGUUCAUUACAAGAUUAUUUGAAAAGUGAUGUUGAUAAUUUGUUGCAAAAUGUUUGCUCACCGACCUCCUUUUCUUUUGCAAAACCCACCACGACGAACAGUACACCUUCAUCAGUAUUCUCAUCGAAACCAAUAGCUGGAAUGACGAGUAUGUUCAGUAAAUUCACAGAAUCGCCCGCCCCAGACACAAAGCCAGUAGUGAAACCCAAUGUGACAUCUGAUGAAACGGGCGAACUCGAAACUAGCGCAACCCCAACAAAACCCACAACUCAGUUACAAGCUAAAGAAAAUAAACCCUUGCAAAACAUAUUCAGUAUGAAGACUUCUACACCCUUAACAAACGUGCAAAAUGUUCCUGAUCUCGUUAAAGGAAAUCAGAUAACGUUAAGCAAAACCGAAGUUAAAUCAGCACCAAAAGCAGAAAAGGAAGCUUCCGUGCCCAAAGAAAAUGUAACGAAACCUGCGGAAGCUGCAGUCAAAAUUUCUGUUGCAAAGAAAGAAAGUGAACUGAAACCUUUUCCCAUUCAAUCUUUAAGCUUCCCUCCCGGUGUAACACCUUCGCAACCCGUUUUUGUUGUGGACCUUAAGAAGCCAAAUGAAAUUAAAAUCCAAAAAUCUCUUCCUGCAUCAUUUUUCGCUUCUACUCCAUCAACUACUGGGUCAGAGAGUCCGGCAGUUACAACAUCUCAAGUGACAUCUACCACCUCGGCACCAGCAAAAGCUUCAAACACAACACCCGAAACUACCGAACCACCAACCGCUACAGCUACUGUUGCUUCUACACCAGAUCCUAUCAAGAAUCAGAAAGAAGAAACCACCGAAGAAAAACCACCAACUACAUCCCAAUCCGAACAAACAGGCUCAAAACCAGAAACACCCGUUGCCUCAACAGUAUCAUCCCCUGCCACACCAACAGCUUCAACGACUACAACACAAGCAACUACCAGUGCUACACCACAAUCUGUAUUUGGUAGUGCUGUUUCAAAAUCUUCAAUAUUUAGUGCACCAUCUUCAGAGGCAGCUCAGCCAUUAUUUGGAUCUUCCACUCAAGUAACUAAUACCACUACUACAGCUACAUCAAGUUUCGGUUCAGCUGGUUUUGGAAGUUCUCUAUUCGGUUCUACAACAACGACGCCAAGCGUUACAACCGUUGCGACUUCCUCCGUAUUUGGCGCGGCUUCCGCUCAAAGCGUUUUCAGUACCGCAAACAAAACUGCUUUUGGUACACCAGCUACUUCUGGUCAAGGUCUAUUUAGUUCCACGACAACACAAGCAUCUACUUUUGGAGGUGGCGCUGUGUUUUCUUCUAAUCAGUCCGUGUUUGGAACGUCUUCUGCUCAAAGUACUGUAUUCGGCAGUAAUGCUCAGCCUGUGUUCGGAUCGCAAACAACGCAAUCGUCCACAUUCGGUGCGUCAUCUCCUACAACGCAAUCAAGUACAGGCAGUAUAUUUGGAACAUCGACGUCUACAACACAAUCGUUAUUUGGUUCAUCUACCGCCGCACAACCAGUUUUUGGUAAUGCUGCGACGACACCGACGUCGGUGUUUGGUGCACCUACAUCGCAGACCACUGUGUUUGGUUCUCCAACAUCGCAGUCAUCUGUAUUUGGUUCCACUACGCCGGCUUCAUCAGUGUUCGCCGCAUCACCCACUACACAAUCUUCAUUAUUCGGAACAUCAACUACGAGUCAAGCUGGACCUGUUUUUGGGGAUGGUGGUGCGAGCCUAUUUGCUUCAGUCAGUAUUUCUUCAACGAGUGCCCCGUCUCAAAGUGGAGGCAAUCUAUUUGGCAGCAGUUCCGCUUCAGUAUUCGGAAGUUCCAACACGAAUGUGUUUGGCGCAAAAUCAACGUUCAGUGGUAACAAUCCGACAGCCGCUAGCAUAUUUGGCGGAAGCAAUAACAGUGGAGGUGGGUUUGGUCAGAAGCCAGCCACGGAUUUCUGGAGUGGAGGCAAUACAGCUUCCAGCGGAUUUGGUUCUGGUUUUGGGCAACCAGCAACAACGCAAAGUUCGUUAUUUGGUAGCUCUGGAGGGAGUUUCAGUCAGCCAUCCACGGGCCAGCCUUUUAGUAGCCCACAAAAAGCAUCUGUAUUCGGUUCACCGCAACAACAAUCAGCGCCCGCGUUUGGAGGGUCUCCCGUGUUUGGCUCAAAACCUGUAUUCUCGUCACCACCAAGUUUCGGUGCGUCGGCAUUUGGCGGUGUGAACAAGAGCCCCAGUGGGAGCUUCGGGGGCUCCGCCACAUUCGGAGGGGCGCCCGCGUUUGGUGGGACCGGGUUUGGGAACACUUCUCCGGGAAAAGUCUUUGGUGCGACAUCACCUGGGUUCGGUUCGCCGACACAAUCAAAUGCAACGUUCGAGAACCUAGCAACACAGAACACGCUAACGUUCGGUAACCUCGCACAGCAAUCGGGACAAGCGCCUCAGCCCGCACCUAGUUUUAACACAUCUCCAUCUUUUUCUGGCUGGCGCGGUUGACAAUAAACUACGACUUCAUGAAGAUAAAUCCUGUGAAUGCACUGAAAUGUUUAAGAAUCUAAUGUGAUGUUUUAAUAUUCUGUUAAGGGGACGACAUUGCUCAAUGACCUUGAAGAUUUGCUCUCUGCGCUAGCACUUGUCAUAUUGUGCACCCUCUAGCGAUAUAUAACGUUGUAAAAGUAAAAGUGAAUAAAAAUAAUGGACCUGAUAAGCAAUUUUGUUUUUAGUUUUGGCCACUUUAAAAUAAAAAGUAAUCAGUACAAAUAUGACCAAUGUUCCAGAGUCUACAUACAUUUUUUAUUGAGUAAUUGAACUACUGGAAUUAUUAAAAAAUAUGAGAUGUUUUUGGGAAUUGAGCAAUGUAAACACCUUAAUGUAAUGAUUAUUUGGUUAAGAAUGAAAUAAAAUUUUGGUAUAUUUAUAAUGUG